CAUUGGAAAAUACUAUUCUAAAGUCUAAAGACUAAAGGCGAGAUGUAUAAACUUUUUGUUUCUGAUCCAUAAGAUACAAAUGUAGUAUUUUACAGGUUUUUUGCCCAGGACGAGACUCAGUUUGCUUGUUGGUGGAGUCCUUUUCCCUUAUGUUGGAGUCCCUUUUCCCUUAUGUUAAGAGUCAUUUUGCCUCUCAGCAGCAUCUUAUUUUCCUAUUUGAAUAAUGAACUUUAAAACUGCUUUUAAGAUGGCUGACGAAGCACUAAAAUUCGGCCAAGAUGGACAACCUUUGCCAAGUGGUGAAGAAUUAUUAAAAAUGUUAGAAGGAAUGGACAUGUCCGAGGAAGACAAACAGAGCCUGAGGGAUUCUUUGCUUCAACAGGCAAAUAGGGCUGCUUCUCAGGACCCCACGGGGGCUACUGGGGUCACAUUCCAACAAGUCUUGUUCAUGUUGGCCAUGGUGGCGAUUAUAGUAUCAGUUUUCGCAUUUUUUGCAAAUAAAUUAUACAAAUCUCUGACGUACAAAGACAGAAUGCGUGAAGAAAAAAGGAAAGCCAAGGAGGAGAGAAAGAACAAGGAAAAGAAGAAAGUCAAGUAGUCAUUUUGAAAAACGAACAAGACUUUUAAAUCCAUAAAUUUAUUUAUAACUUUAA